UUGUACAGUGUCUGUCUCUGUGCCUAUACUGUGUUGCAUGUGUGUAUGUGGGUUUGUACGUGUGUGCGUCUGCAUAAUAUAGCGUGUGUGCAAUGUCCGACUGUAUGCCAACUUCUUGAAGAACGUAUAGCCGUGUGCGUCGGCCCGACUGUCUUUACAUAGCAUACAUAUCGACUCCGCGAUUCGCACACUUGCGCGCGUGCAGCUCUCGCUCGGUCGCGCGAGAUCUCCCGCACCACCGCAACAUAUUGUAUAGAUAAUAAUUAGAGUCGAGACAGCGAGAAACGAGUAUCAGCGAUUUCCCGACUGUGUGCGUGUAAUCGCGAGCGAUCGUCGUCGUUGCACAGGCUGCAAGCAAAUUAUUUUCUCGCUCUCUCUCUAUCUCUCUCGAGUGAGUGCGGGUGGAUACGUGUGUGUGUGUAUGCAGCAGCAGCAGCAUACACGAAUAAAGGUGCAAAAGUGCAUUACUAUAUGAUAUGAUCCAAGGAAAAGCGGCGCCGAAGAACGUUCGAAGCUGAGAGUUUAUCAUCGAGACGUCUCUCUUCGUGAUAUUACUAUUUUUAUAUUAUUAUGGAUAAUCCCUACAGAGCACGUCCUACAAGAGCAAGAGUAGAUGCCAAUCAAUCAGGAUAUGGAAUACAGAAUCAAAAGCCAUGGAAAGCAGGUGCAGUGCCAAGACCUCCUAGUGUCAAUGCUAAUGUAGCUUAUCAAACACCUCCAGCUCCUGCAGUAAAUCAGAACAAGUCUGAUGAUGCCUGGAAUUGGAAUGUAGAUAAUGCUAAUAAUGCCAAUAAUGUUAAUAAUGGAGGUGAUUCCUGGAAUUGGAGUGUUGAACAAAAUGAUAUGCAGCAUCCGCAACAACCUCCGCAGCAGCAGGUGCACCAUCAAACCAACCAACCUCCAUUAUCAAAUCAGUAUACUCCUUAUUCCAAUCAAAAGCCUCCUAUUCCACCAACAAAUCAAGAUAGCUAUUAUAAAAAUGUAAAUGGAAAUAAUAGACCAGUUGUAAAUUAUGGUCAACAAGCUACUUCUGGUAGAGAAACUUCAAGAGCAGGAAUUCCACCACCAGUCAGAGAUCCAAUGCUGAAACAAAAUGAUUCUUACCCUCAAUACAGCAAUCAUACCCAGAAUCAUCAGUUUACUUCGCCUCCUAGACCAAAUUCUAAUUCAUCUUUUUCUGCGGAUCAAUGGUCAAAUGAACAGCAGCAUAGUCAAAGUUUGCCAUAUGCAUUACCAAAUCAAGUACCCAACCAAAAACUACAACAAGUUCAUCAAAAGCCUACACCAGUUAUUCCACCUGUAAAUAAUUUUAAUUGGGAACAACAGCAAUCUCCACAACAGUAUCAGCCACAGCAGCAACAACCACUGCAACAACAAUCUCAGCAGCAACAACCACUGCAACAACAAUCUCAGCUGCAUCAGCCAUUGCAAGAACAAAUGAUACAACAUCAUUCAAUGCAUCAACAACCACAACAGCCCUCAACAAUUCAGCAACAACCACUGCAAAAUCAGCCCCUGCAACAACCGCAUCAACAAACAAUGAUUCCACAAAUACCAUUACAAAACCAAUCAGUGCAACAACCACCUAAUCAGAAACAAGUUCAUCAGCCACCACCCGUUCAGCAGAAGCCGAUUCAGCAAUACCCUUUGAUGCAGCAACAUGCCGUUCAGCAACAAUCCCAACAACAACAAACUCCUCCUCCGAAACAGGAGCAACAGAGUAUUCCUGCACAUAAUUGGCAAAGUAAUGUUGAGUCAAAUUCAAAAAAUUAUUGGCAAGAACCUCACAGUUCUACAAACCAGGAUCAUUAUCCGGAUACUACAUGGCCCCAACAGAAUCAACAAACAAUGCAUCAAUCUCAACAGAGCAAACCAAGUCUUGUAAACAGCUUUUCAUCAACUACUAAUGCAGUUAAUACAGAACAACCAAAUUUUUAUAAUUCGCUUGAAGCUAAUUACCAAGAAAAUGCUUCAUCUGCUAGAAAUUGGUUGCCUCCAAAUCCUUUAAUGUCCAAUCAAUGGUCCAAAAGCAGUUCUGAGAAUGUUUUACCAAGACAACAGUCUUUACCAUCUAAUAAUUCCUGGUCUCAGUCUGAUGAUUUAGGUUCAUCAACACAAUGGCAGCCAGGAGCUUCUUCUAAUAUCUCUAAUACUCAGUGGAGGCAGUCCAAAUUGCAACCUGGUGGAUCGUUAGAAGAAUCAUCUCUUUCCGAGAAUCAUAAAAGUGAAUGGCAACAAAUUCAUGCUUUGCCCUCACAUUUUAAUUCGUCUACCACUUCAACAACUUCAGGUUCAAUGGCUAAUAUGUCCAGUAGUACUGAACAAUUGGAAGAUAGAAAAAGAUCAUUAACGCCUACUACUAGUUCUACAUCAUUAAAUGAUCUUCAAUCUCAAAUGAUUACUAGUAACAAUCAAAUUAGCGCAGAUAAUAGCAUAUCUGCUAAUACAGAGAGUCAUUCAUCUCAAAAUAACAUGGAUCUUGAUUGGAAUGUUGAUGUUGAUUGGAAUCCAAUUAAUGAUGUAGCUAACAGUGUCAGUAAUCUGAAUCUUAAUCCUACUUAUGAUCAGAAUGCAGAAAUUACCUUAGUUAAAGAGAAUACUGCAGAGCAGCCUAAUGUAGAUAAUGAUUGGAAUAUUAAAUCUAUAAAACAAGAGCCAGUUGAAAAUGUUACACUAAACACCUCUGAUGUUUUAAAACAAGAAGCAUUUAGUACAGAAAGUACUGCAGUUAUAAAAUCUGGACCUUUUGAUGUUUCUAAAUCUAGUACCAGUAAGAUAAGUGGAGACAAUGCCAGCUCUGUAAAUUAUGACCAGUGGUAUAACCAGAUGGCAAAUCCAUCAUCAAGUAAUAAUGCAUUAUUUGGUGUUGAGCGAUCUCAACUACCCUCAAAACAGCAGCGGCAACCAGAACUACCACAACCAUCACAACAAGCUGUUGAAAAUUACGAAAACAUUCAUCAACCAAUAGACUUUGUCAAUUUGGAAGUUGUUACACCGGAAGUUCCGGAAAGAGAUUUAUAUGGCUCGCGUGAUUCAAUUAACAAAGAAACAUUGGACAAUGAUCAACAGCAAGUUCUACGUCAAUCAAGUGCACCAAAAGAACCUGCAAUUCGUGAUUUUAGGCAGGAAGUCAGCAACAUUGAAGUUCCUACUGUUCAACAGAUCCAACAGGCUAUACCAACUGAGCAGCAGACUCCUGACAAUUACGAGUUCGCUUCGAAUGACCGGAACACUUUUCUGGAAACGGGUGAACUCACAGAUCCUCACUCUCAAACUGAGCAGCCGAGAAAUCCAGUACCGCCAAGUCAAGAUGAUGAAAAUGACGAGGUGCCCAGUGACAUUCCAUUCCUACGCGAAGUGCCCGGUCAAUCAGCCAGCGUCGAUCAGCGUCGCAACGAUCCUACUGGACAAGAGCAGUAUGCCACUCAGGUCAGUGUUGUUCUCGGGCCUCGCGUGUCCGAUCCACGUAGGAAUGAACCUUCUGGACAGGAUCAGCAAACUCAUGGACCGCCCUUACGCCCAAGUUUGCAUGCUGAUCGGUCAUCGGAUAGACGCGAUGUACCACCUGGUCAAGAGCGCUCAGUGCCCAACAUCGUUCAACAAACACAAGCAUCCGCCCCAGUUCAGCAUCAACGAAGCAGCAGCAGUAGUGAAUUGGACAAUGUGAGCCUCAGCGAACGCCGCAACGAUCCUUCAGGUCGAGAAUGUUCCUUACCACCAGUUCCGCCACCCACUCAGUCGCGGAACGAGCCAUCGGGCGAGGAACAGCAACAGCGUUUCACUGGUGCCACUGUAAAUCAGCUCGAACCUAGAGAAAUUCCAGGUCGAGGUAACAACGAGCCCGAUGAGUCGAUCGUACCGACGAACGAUGCAGUAGCUACUAGACAAGUGCCCGGUGGAUCGUCGCCUCAGGAUUCCGUGCAGAUGAUGACAAUGCCGGAUGACAGGAGUCAAGCCGCUGGUGCAGCAAGAGUUGUUACGGGUUCGCAGCAGACAGGCGGUGCUCCUUCGUCGACCGUGGUGCAAGAUUUGUCAAGCGAUAACAGAAGCAAACGCGAAGAAGCUGUUGGUGCUUCGAUCGGUGAGCGACAAACAGUCCCGCCGAAUCGACGCGAUUCUUAUGAAGACGGUGACGACGAAGGCUCUGGCAAUAGCAGGGACGAAAGUCGAGAUAGGCGCAGAGAAAGUAGUCCAAAGCCAAGACACUCUCGGUAUGAUUACAAUCGAAAGCCUGCAUACUACGACCGGGAUCGAGAUUUUGAGGACGAUUACUACUAUGAUCGCCGUCGUCCAGCAGAAUACGAUCGUCAAUAUGGUUCUCGAGAAGAUCUGGACCGUCGCGAUACAUCCUUCCGUGACGAGGACGAUCGUCGUGAUCGUACAGCGCAUCCACGAGACGAUCUAGAUCGUCGCAAUCGCAUGAAAGACGACAUGGACGAAUCUAGGCGCAGACCAGAUGAUCGUAACGGUAGAAGGGAUCGAUCGAACGGUGAUCCGAGACGCAUGGAUUACGAUUCAAGAUAUCCUGCGAGAGACCGAGAUUACAUGGAUAGAGAUAGGAGGAGGGGUAGAAGGUAUCCUGAAUAUGAUCCAAGAGAUCCGAGAGAGAACUACAGAAGAGACUACUACGAGGAUGCAUAUGGAAGAAAUAGUUCGAGACCGUCGAGCAGAUCGUCUUACAACGACAGAGAUCGAGAUUACUACAGUAUGCGCCCAAGAGACCCAUACUCCAAUUAUGGUUACAGUGGCUACGAGUACGGUUCAACCAAUUACAAUCGUGAUUAUUAUGCUUAUUGGGAAAAUAUGCGGAGAACGGAUCCUGCUGCCUACGCUGAAUGGUAUCAUAAAUAUUAUCAACAUCAACAACAGGUACAACGAGGUGUUAGCACAACGUUUACUGAAGAUCGAGCCAGUGUACAUUCCGGUCGCAGUUCUUGCGAUGAAAGAAAUUCCAGUGACAAACGGAUUCUGACUGAUGUGUCAAUGAUGGAGGAUCAAGUAACAACUGUAUCUUCAAGGUUAACUCCAACUAAGUUCGCCUCGGCUCACGCUAAAGGUACUUUUACUAUUGGAUCCUUAUUGCACAUGCCUGCUAGUUAUCCAACUGAAGGAGAAAGAGCAAGGAUUGAUUUCCUGCCAAUGGAGAAUAUUUUAUCACAUGAUCCAACAUUCCGAGAACUUCGUUCUUAUCCAGGACCACUGAUGAAGGGCAUAACUCAUAAAAAGACUAUUAUUGAAUACUGUGAAAAGAAGAUCAAAGAAGCCUCUACAAAUGAAGACGUUUUCGAAGUAUCAUCUUACGUAUUGUUGUAUGAGUUGAUGAUUUUGUUGAUUCAGCAAAACGGGAAUGUUGUUGGAGUGGACAUUGCGACACUUUUAUUGAAAAACAAAGAUGCUUAUCCUUAUGAAGCAAACAGUCAUCAAAGAGACAGGAAACGUAGAGAUUCCACCGUGUCUCAGCCAUCCGAGGCUUCUGGAGGUGAUAAAGGUGUGAAUAAUGACAAUGCUGUGUUUAACCAAAGUGAAAUUGAAGAACCCGUCAAGCCUACAAAAACGAUCCAACAGUUGACGGACGAGUUCAGAAAUUAUUUACUUUAUGGUUUAGUUCAAGAAGCUCUUGAAUUUGCGAUGGUUGAAGGUUUAUGGGGACACGCUCUUUUCUUGGCUAGCAAAUUAGAUAAACGUACGCACGCGUCAGUUAUGACACGAUUUGCUAACAGUUUGCCUCCACAAGAUUCGUUGCAGACACUUUAUCAAUUACAUUCCGGACGCAUUCCUGCCAAUGUCACUAAUGUUGUUGAUUCGCGUGGAGAGGAUUGGCGACCUCAUUUGGCUAUGAUAAUCUCUAAUACUUCAUCAAAUCCAGAUAUAAAUCGAAGGUCAAUUGUUACUUUAGGUGAUACUUUAGCAUCAAGAGGCGAUAUUCAUGCCGCUCACUUCUGUUACAUUCUCACUCAAGCCGAUUUCGGCUCUUACGGAUCGAGUAAUAGCUCUAAACUCGUUUUGAUCGGUGCUAAUCACCAAAAACCUUAUUCCGAGUUCAUGAGUACCGAUGCCAUUAUGCUGACAGAAAUCUACGAGUACGCCCGGAAACUCAGCGAGCCAUCAUUUUGUUUGGCUGAGCUUCAAAGCUUUAAAUUUGACAUGGUCAUUAAGAUGGUUGAUUACGGACUCAUCGAAAAAGCUUUACUUUACAUUGAACAAAUAGCAACUAACAUAGCUGCCAACCCGGAAAAGUACAAGCAGCCAUUUAUAAAUAAAGUGUAUGUUCUUGGCGAUCGCCUCAAAUAUUACGAUCCAGUUUGCAAAGAUUCUGAUGAAGAUGCUGCCAAUCUGCCUUGGCUCAUUAAUCUUACCGAAAUUGUGGGCAAGUUUGAGAAGGGCGAGAUACAGGAGGUUGCUGCUAACGCCACAAUAGCCGAAUCGAAUCUUGAAUCUAAUGACAACGCCCAACAUCAGCAACAACAACAACAACAACAGCAGCAGCAGCAGCAGUCGUGGAAUAAUUACGGUAUAGAUGGCAAUCCACCAUCGCUAAUGUCAGUUCCAGAAGUUGACACAAGCGUAGCUUGGCCAACAAAACCUGUCAAUGAUGGUUAUGGUUUGGAUAAUCAGUACAAACCUGUAAAUGAUAACCAACCGCAACAGUACCAAUCUUAUCAACAAGAUUAUUGGGCCAGCCAGCAGCAGCAGCAGCAACAACACCAACAACAACAACAACAACAACAACAACAACAACAGCAGCAACAACAACAACCUCAACAACAGCCAAAUUAUGAUCAGCAAGAUUAUGGAUCUUACCAGCAAAAUGAUUGGCAAAACCAAUACGGCGCUGAGAAGCAAACUGAACAAGUUGACGCUCAAAACAAGUGGGGCUACGAGAAGGAUAAAGCUGCUACGGAACAGCAGCAAGCCAGUGAGGCUAAAACAGCGACGACAGCAUCAAUUAUGACUGCGUCAAGUAAUCAACCUAGUCCAGCGAAGAAAAGCGAACCUCAGCAACAGCAUCAACAACUACGCCCCCCAAGCAUUUCGAUGGGACCCAGUUCUGGUAGUAAACAAUACGAUCCGUUGGAAGAAUUGGACCAAAUGGAAUCGCCCAAGCAUGGAAAGUCAACGACCGGACAAGCGGAUGCGAAAAAACAACAAGAUAAGCAAGCUGAUAAAAACAAGGCCAAUAACAGUGGAAGCUCUUGGUUCGGUGGAUUGUUCAGUAAACUGGCACCUAAACCGAAAAAUCAAAUGAUUCUGCCCGAUGACAGCAAUCCGACGAUCGUAUGGGAUCCAGUUUUGAAAAAAUGGACUAACACAGAGGAGGGUGAAAGCGAAGGUGCAAGUUCUCUACCACCUCCGCCAAAGAUGUCGGAACUUCCUGGCUUUAAGCCAGCUUCGAAUCCUUUGAGCCCGGCUCCAUCGAGCGGACCGUCUUCGCUACCGCCCACCGGCACGCCUGGACUGGCAUCGAUACCGCCUGCUGCGACUUCAUCUCCAGGAAUAUCUAGUCCCUCGUCCAACGCAGAUGAUAUUAUGAACAGUACGAGAGUCAUUUCUGGCGGUGGUAAUAUUUACAAGAUGGCGCGCGGGCGCAACAUGCGAGCCAAUUACGUCGACGUGAUGAAUCCUAACAAAUCGUCGGCGACUUUGGCCUCCUCGACUCCAGCUGGAUCACCUGCUGCACCCACACCGCAACUUUUUAUACCUUUAGCUGUAAACGAUCCUAAUGCACCUGUAGAUUUUUUAAGCCCAUCGACGGCUCCAGCUCAACCUAACGAUAAUGCACAGCCUUCGCUCUCGCGUUGGAGCUCGGCCAGUUCGCUGUCACGUGAGGUGCAGAGUUACACGAUGAGGGAUUCGCGACACCUACAGCGGGAAAAGGGACCAAUGAUGUACAACCCCGAAAGUAUGAAGGAUCGAUCACAGAAGACCCAUCAAGUUCGCAGUCGCUAUCCACCACGAUAAUAAACGAAGAGAGAACUAAACGCCAAGACACAGUGGGUAUUUGAUAAUUGGGGUCUCGUGCAAUGUGUACAAAAGAAAGAAGUUACGGCGACACACUGCCUUCUCUUUUUCGACGCUACUUUAUUAUGCGAUGUACGCACAUGUAUAUCGUAAACAGAUUAUUUUGUCGAUAUACAUGUGCGUACAUGAGUGUUUGUGUGUAUGUGUGAAUGUAUGAGUGUGAAUAUAGAGUUUGUACAUAUAUAUAUUGUUAACUCCAGUUUUUGUCUCCACUUUUUGAAGUAAUUAACACUUUGUGCGUCAGACUUCGUAGAUCGUAGUUUCGCAUUUCUGAUUGAACGAUUUAUUAUUAUAUUUAUAGUGCAAUAAUUGAUAAAAUUUUUUAGCAAAGAAAUUUGAAAAAAACGUAGAAACAUAGAUCGAUGUUGCAAGUGAAAGUCUGAUUUUUUAUAAAAGCAGUCUGCGCUGUGUAGAUGGAAAAUAGGUGACGAAAACUCAGUUCCUCGUUGAAUUGCAAUCACGUAGAAUCGUUCUUUUGAACGCACCCAGAGUUUUCCGAUUUUGACAAUGCAAGAGCUCUUUAUGAUCCACUGAUUUGUAACGAUUGCUAAAACUAGAGAAAUAAAACUUUUUUAUAGUGCGCGUGUUGUAUUGGACUUUUACAUUUUGGCUAAGAGAGCGCGUGAUAUGUAGUUUUAGAUGCAUCAUCUAAUUGAUAUUACAUCGAUGAAUACACCUUCCUCUUAAUAAAAAUAGGCAAUUUUGAGAAUUGCAAAUUUUAAAAGUUUAUAGGAAAUAAAAAAAAAGUUAGCGAUAAUUAGGUAUGUACAAUUAAUAACAGUCGAGUCUGCUCAUUUUGUCGAUAUGAUAAAGCAUUCAAAAGACGCAAGUGCUGAUGUAAUGCAUGUUGCGAGUCGUUGAAACAAUACGUCGUUUUAAACGCACAUGUUUCAUUCAAACAAUUGUAAAGAAAUAUGAUGUUUUUACUGAUAAUGGUUACAGGGAGGAAAAGUAAAAGUAUAUAUAUUUAGAUAGUUAUUAUUUUCUAUUCAAUUCACUUUCUAAUAGUUAAUUAAGAAAAUGGAUUUAAUUAUCUAUCCAUUUAAAAAACUGUUAUAUUUCCAUAUACUAUAUAAUUAUUUUUUAUUAACUAGUUCUGUAAUUAAGUUUUUUUGUCAUUUAUCUUUCGACUUAUUUCUAUAUACUGUAAAUGCUCGAAUGAGAAGUGGAGAAAAGUGGAGGAUAUAGUUCAUGUUAUGUAUAUUAUCAGAAAAGAGAUAUAUAAGCUUAAAAUUGAAUCAUUAUUGAUGAUUAUGACGAACUUUGCUCAUUGUAAUUAUCAACAAUAUCAUCAGUUAUCGAUACAAACAAUCGCGUAUUGAGAAUAUAUACACAAAUUAACAGCAUGAUGGUCUACAUAUAUAUACAGAUAUAUAAUAUUGUACAUACAAAAUAUAUACGAUAAAUUCCCCUUUGCAAUUGUCUCAUUGGAGUAUCAUAGAGUUAUAUACAUGAAUAAUAUUACAUUCAGAGCUACCCAACUUAUUGGGCCGAUUCUAUUAUGAUAAAAUUGAAAACGAUUGUUAGUCGAGUUUGUUUCACUGCAAAACGAAAGUUUUGUUACUUACCUCUUUUAUCAUAAGUAAGGUUUAUUUCAGUGAAAUUUUAUUAGAGCUUGACAUUCGCGUGUGUACAUACGAAAUAAUAUUUUGAAUUAAUUGUCUUGCAUCACCGUUAGCUUUUCUUGUUUACCGUAGAUUUAAAUGUACCGAUAAAUUUGUCAUGUAUUGUGAAAAAGAAAAUUUCUGUCUCCCGGUUUUUUUUGUCUCUAUAUGUUUCCGCGUCUUGUUUAACGUUGAUACGACGAACUUUUUAAAAAGAAUGCCAAAAAAGCGUCUGACGAAACGAUUUUUAUUGACUUUGCUUUUCAAUCGUUCGAUCGACUAUAUAGCUAUAAAAUUCAAUUUAAUACGCCGGAAUUAUCGAAAUCAGAAUUCAUUUAAUAUUAUUAGUGUAUGAACAUGCUGAUAGCGUGCGAGCUCCGUCCGUAUAUAUAAACAUCUAUAUAUAAAGUCGACAUACGAAUGCAGAGAGAAAGAGAGAGAGCCAAUUUGAGUACGCAGUGAUAAUAAUUAUUAUGUUAUUUAUGAUAUGCGAUGGAUUUUCCGAUAUAUACACAUAUAUUAUAUGUACGCGCGAGUUAAAGUUGAAUGCAAAGUAUUAUUAAUAACAAAAUCUUUAUAAUUAACAAUUAAGUGUAUACGUUCGUGUAUGAUAUUACGGGAAAUGGAUGCGGUCCUAUUUUCUUUUUCUUUUUUUUAUUACUUUAAUGUACUUUGGCUUGAUAUAUACGCAAUAUACGUAUCACGUUAUUGAAAUAUUGUAAAAAACUAAAUCCUGAAGCGUGUGUUGAUAGAAAAUGAGGGGUGCGACGGUGCUCUCUGUCGCACGCUUUACUUUUUAAUUUAUUCAUUCUACGAAUUGCUCGUGAAUUAUAUUUAUUAUAUUUGGCAGGUGGUUAUGAUU